UUCCUCUUCCUUCAAAUCCCGAUCCAUUGAAUCGACUCCCCUCUCCUUGAUUCAAAUUCACCCCCUUCUUCCUCGAAUCGCCGAUCGAAUGCGCGAAAUUUCGAUUCGGUGAUCGGUUUCGAGGCGGCGGAGAGAGCGGAUCGGAUGGAGACGGCGGCGUGCGUGGCGAAGCCCGUGGUGGUGUUCGGGGCGGCGGAGUACAUGUUCAGGUGGGAGCAGCAGGAGGAGUACAUGGAGCGGCGGCGGCUCUAUCUGCGGAGCUACCACUUCUCGCGGAAUCGGCCGGCGGGGGAGCGGGCGCGGGGGACACUGCUCCGGGUGCGCCGCCUCGUGUGGGUGCGACUCCGGGAGGCGCGGCGCUUGCCGAGGAUCCUCUGGGCGAAGCUCCGCCGCGCCCUGGCCUCGCUGAGCGCCGGCCGCAGACGGAGGAACCACCACGGCCAGUUCCAUCUGCUUCCGCACCGCCGCGCCUUUAAACAGUAACCCCCCACCUGGUAAUUACAGUCUGACGACUCAACUUCGAUUAGGUUUUCAGAUUAGUGCUUUUUAUGGGUUUUUUUUUUUUUUUGUCUUCUGAUCUUGUGCGUUUCGUGAACUGAAAUUGCUGCUGUGUUCUUGUGUGAUUUCAUUGAAAUAUAGUUUGGCGCAUCUUCGACAUGUUUAUGGAUUA